AUGCACUGAGAGAUGUCAGCUAGACAAGCAGAGAUGCCUAUAUGAGCAAAUGAAGUAUUUUGCUGGUAAAGCUCAGAAUGUUCCAUUAACUGCCCGUUCAUUGUAUUUAAUGCAUAUUCCUGCAUUCUGCUGCCUCUUUAUGUGAAUAGCAGCUUAGUACUAAUAUUCAGUUCCUGUUUCUCAGCUGGACACCAGUUUGGCCGAUGCCAAGAAGCAGCUGCAGGAUGAGAUGCUGAGGAGGGUGGACGGAGAGAACCGCAUCCAGACCCUCAAAGAGGAGCUGGAGUUUUGCAGGAACCUCCACUCUGAGGAGCUACGGGAGACAAAGCGGCGUCAUGAGUCCCGCAUGGUUGAGGUGGACAAUGGCCACGUGCAGGACUUUGAAAGCAAAUUAUCUGAGGCGCUGGCGGACAUGCGUAGUCAGCAUGAACUGCAGAUAAAAAUGUACAAGGAGGAUGUCGAGAAGACCUACAAUUCCAAGCUGGAGAACGCUCGUCAGUCUGCAGACAGGAGCGGCCACCUGGUUGGAGCCGCACACGAGGAGCUGCAGCAGACACGCAUCCGCCUGGAGUCCAUGUCCUCUCAGAUCAGCCAGCUGCAGAAACAGCUGGCGGCCCGCGAGGCCAAGAUAAGGGACCUGGAGGACGCCAUGUCUCGGGAGCGGGACACCACCCGCCGCCUGCUGGGGGAGAAGGAGAGAGAAAUGGCGGAGAUGAGGCAGAAAAUGCAGCAGCAGCUGGACGAGUACCAGGAGCUGCUGGACGUCAAGCUGGCUCUGGAUAUGGAGAUCUGUGCCUACAGGAAGCUGCUGGAGGGAGAGGAGCAGAGGCUACGUCUCUCCCCCAGUCCCCCUCCCACCAAGAUGACAGGAAGUCGUUCCUCUGCGUCCAGAGUUCUGUCUCGCUCAGCUCACUACAGCACUAACAGCACUCCUGCCAAGAGGCGCCGCCCCAACGACACAGACAGCGAGGCCUCCAGCAUGGGAGGAGGAUCUGUGGCCCGCACCCGCAUCACCCAGCAGGCCUCAGCCAGCGGGCGCGUCACCGUGGACGAGGUGGACCUGGACGGGAAGUAUGUCAGGCUCAGCAACAAGAGCGAUGAGGACCAGAAUUUGGGAAACUGGCAGCUGAAGCGACAGGUGGGAUCUGGUGUUCCAAUCAUCUUCAAGUUCCCGGUGAAAUUCACCUUAAAGGCUGGGCAGAGGGUCACGAUCUGGGCCUCUGGUGCUGGGGUUCCCCACAAUCCUCCCUCUGACCUGGUGUGGAAGACUCAGGCCUCCUGGGGUACCGGAGACCUCUUCCAGACCACCCUGAUAAGCGCCAAUGGAGAGGAAAUGGCAAUGAGGAAGGUCACCCGCACACAGCUUGAAGAAGAAGAUGAUGACAUGCAGGUGGCUCACAGCACCUGUGGAGACAGUGAGUAUAACCUGCGCAGCCGCACGGUGGUCUGCGGCUCCUGUGGACUUCCUUCAGACAAAUCCAGCCACUGCUCCGUGACCUCCCCCUCCAGAUCCUUCCGCAGCGGAGGGAUCUCCGAGGGUCUACUGCCGCAGUCCUACGUGUUCAGCACCAGCAGUCCUCGCAAGACUGGAUCCAGAAUGGAAAACUGUCCAAUCAUGUGAGCCCCAUGGACCCUCGCUGGAACACUUCAACUCUUUUAGUUUUCAGUUAUUAAUGCUUUAUAGUUACCAGUUUUAGUUAUUAAAGUUAGUUAAUGUAUAACAGAAUAAUCAUUUCAAAAUAAGGCAUGCAAAAAAACUUGAUACUGCUUUUUUAUAAUGUACAUAGGCGUGCUUUUGAUUUCUUUCUGGAAUUUAAAUGGCGAUUUAGCAGUCACUUUGUUUGCUUUGCUGUCAUUAAUGGUUGGAAAUAUAUACCAGCCUUUCACAUAGCAAUACAACAUGAAUCAGCUAUGUGAACAACUUACUGUCCAACGACAGUUUGUGCUAAAAGCCUUGUUUACUUCUAAAAGAGUUGUUGCUGGUCGAUAAAUCAUGCUUUUUUGUGCUACUUAUAGAACCGUUUCAUCAGAUUUUCAUUUUCUUACCGAUGUGAACUUACUGACCCCAACCUUUCUACAGAUCUGAGGAAUAUUGUGUAUUUUCUUCUUAUAUCAAUAAACAUCUUUUUCAGAAUUCUGCCAUA